GCCAAAAACCAAACCAAGACUUAUUUGAGGCUUUCAUUUCACUGUAUUUGGGGUUCUUCCAUCAGUAGAGAGUAAAGGGAGAAGAGAAAAUCCAUGGAAGACCCUAAAUCUGCGCCACCCCAAAGCCAAAAUCUUCCUCCUUCUCAGCCACCCAUGAACAGAAAGAGGCCACUUGACAUCUCCAAGUCACAAAAUUCCCCUUACAACAAGAUGAGACUCAUUGUUAAAGAUCUUCGACCCCAUGUUAUCGAGGACCAAAUGACACUGGGAAGAAUGUUGUAUGGGGCAAUCCGUGGCCAAAAACCUGUUCUCCGUACUCCUGACUUCCGCAAUUGCAAGGCUGCUACUGAAAUCCGUCAACAGUUGAAUCUCCUGAUAGAUCUUUACAAGGAGGUGAUGGAAGAAACAGUAAACCCAGAGGUGGCUAAGGAUGCAUCCGGAGCCCAGAAUUCUUCAGUGGAUAUCAUGGAUGAAGAAAAGCCUAGUGAGCAACAGAACGACAUGAAACCUCCUCCCGAGAGUGGGGCCUCUGUGAAGCCUGAAGGCAAUUCAUCUGAGAAACAGGAAGCUGAAGAUGAUGCGGUCCAAGGGACAGGCACAUAUGUCGUUGGAGGUUCAGCAUUUGGCUGGAACUUCAUAACAUACACCAGCGGGAAGGCCAUCUAUUAUGGACGAACCAAAGAGUCCUUCCGAUCUUCAUAUGUUAAAUCUGAAUGAAGUUCCCAAAGUUCAAUUUUACUCUCUAUUUUAGGGAUUAGAAUUUCUUGAUGUGUGUACUAUUAUAGAUUCGGAUGUUUGGUUAGUUUUACGACCUCUUUUCCACCCUCCUCUAUCUUGUAUGUAUCGCGACUAUUGAGUAUAACUGCUGCAUCGUCUAAAACUCUUGAAAUUUCUACCAGGAUCCACCUAUGUACUUGAGAGACAAUCUCUUUAUUUGAGCAUGACAUAACAUGUGAAGAAACCUACAUAUCUAUAGCAAUCUCUUUAAGAUGUA